GAUACCGAAAACAUGGCCAGAAACAUUCCAGGUCCCUUGGGAACAAAUGCCCCCGGAAAUUCGUUCUGCAAUUGCGGAUGGCAAGAGACCUAAACCAGUGGAGCGAUGCCAGAUGAUACGAGUACUCGCGGAUUAAAUGAGAAAGUAUGAAGCUAACCCGACUCGUGCACAGUGCCUAACUGUGGUUCGAAAUAUCAUCAGGAAGUACCCAAAGACUUUUGCUGAUAUUGCACCAGAUGGGUCACUUCUGGGUGGAGGUUAUACAUCACUUUUGAUUCAAGUGAAAAACCGCAUUGAAAAUGUGAACCGUGACGGAAGCUUCUCAAGCCACCGAUCCUCUACAGGCAAGAGGGGUCCAACUGACACAUAUGGAUGUAAACGAUUUCAGCCAGAGCUACCCCCAGAAGAAACUGAAAACACUGUGGAGCAGCACCGCCAGAGACUGGCUGAGAUCUACAGACAGGAGGGUGCAGGUGGAGCAGAAAGAGCAGAAGUUAAACAUCUAAUGGAGCUUACAUUCUCUCUACAACGUCGCCAUAUAAAUACACUUCCACCACCUGACAUUGAAGAUGGGAAAAGCAAAUGGCCUUUUCUUUUCACGCCAAGGUACGCACAUUUUGAUUUGCUCACAGACGUCAAUGUGCUUCAUAGCUUGCAACUCAACAUGGAAGAAUGUGGAAGUGUCAUCACAAACUACUUCAGGGCAAAACCUACCAACCAGAAAAUCAAGGAUAUCCUCUCCAAUGGUAAAGAUAAUGUGACGGCACUUCGUGUAGUGCAGCUGCUCAUGGCACACUUUGGAGAGGACAUAACCGGGCUGAUCCUACUUACAGAUGUGUCUGCCACUGCAGCUGACGUGGAGACAACUCUCAGUCUUCCUGCAAGUCCUCGCCUGAUACUGCCUGUUUCAGGUGCAACAGGGCAAGACACAGUUACACGUUGGAUGAUCACCUUUGAGGGCCGUGUCAUUUCUGAAGGCAUCACACCAACAUUUGCAACAGGACUUGCUGCUGUGUUUGCAAUGUAUUACAUAUUCAACCUUGAGUAUCAAGAUGAGGCAGCCUGCACUCUGGAAUUCAUUCAGAGGCGCUUCAUUGGGAUAAACCCAGAGAGAGGGACAAAGGCCAAAAGGGGAAAGGUUGUCUCCAAGAAAAAAGGUGUGAUGGUGCAGAAGAAGUCUUCUACAGUAAAUACACACGUCGCCAUGCUGCUGAAGAAUCUCCUCGACAUUGAAUGGAACUUCAUAUAGUUCGUGGCAACACUGGAAUAAUGCCACAGAGGAACAGUGGCUACCUCAAAGGAUUACAGCUUCAUCCCUAAAUGUUAAUGUUGAUCUUAAUGUUAUUGAUGCAUAUUGUCAAAAUGGUAAUAAUGCACAUUUUCAAAAUGUUCUUAAAUUUGUCCAAAUGUUGCCAAUUCUGCAUGUCCACAAUUUUAUUAUGAAAGUAUACAUUUUUACAGACAGCAGAGAAUACAUUGCAGAUGACCUAUGUAAAUCUUUUAAAUUGACUUUUAUACAUGAUGUAUCAUGUUUUGAUACAUGUAUGUAGGCCUACAUAUACAUGUUCCUACCUUCCUGUAAGAAGGAUCAGCGUCAUCAAACAGGGUUUAUUUUUCUUUGUUUACAUUUUGUGAAAGUAGCGGCCAUCAUA